AUGUCCGGCGAUUACCCGUUCGCAGCGAAAAUUGUGAGCCCGGUUAAGUGCAAUGAAAAGCCCUGGGAUCUGUGGGUCAGUGAAAUAGGGCACCUGUCGCCGCGGCAGGAUGACGAUGCGACGUUCACGACGCCGGCGGCUGUGGACAAGGGUGGCGCGUCCGUGCGGCGAGUGCACGACGGCCACCCGUACAAGCAGGCGGACAGGCAGGCGCGCUACCGCCGCGCCGGCCUCAACCGCCUCAAGUAUGAGAGCAUGAGCCUCCACGGACUAUUCCCUCAGAUGGACAACUUGAAUGCUGCAGUGUGUCAUAUGUGUGGAGUGAUAGUGAAAUGUAGUGCAGCGUACAGACACUUGCUAGAGUCUCACACAGGGGCCGAGCCCCUUCCCCCGCCGCCCCCACCUGUCUCUACACACAAAAGCCGCAGUCGACAUAAAAAGGAGCCCCCGCCACCACCCAUCCCUGUAGAUAUACUCCCCGUAAAAAUGGAUUCAUCCCCAGCCCACACCGCUACACCUCCACUGUCGAGGCUAAUGCUACCUCCACAGCCUGACCUACAGUACCUGGAUGAAGCCAGCACAUCCUCCGCUGUGCCGGGGGAGGUGAAGGUGAGCAUGGAGUGUGGAGAGUUACCAGUGGUCAGUAUACAGGACACAGAGGAUCUACCCCUUGGUGAAAAUUUAACUGAUGAUAUUUUUGCAAUAAUGAAUUCUGAAGGUAUUCAGAGUGCAGAUGACAUCACAAAUGCAGCAGACUGGAAAAAUAUUAUUAGAGAUAUAGGAAAUAUGGGUGAAAUAAAUUUUCCCCAAGCUACGGACACUGUUCCAGCACAAGACUUGUAUCCACCUAUACACUCAUCAUCACUAGCAUAUGCAAUAUCAGAUUCAGAUCUCUCCAACAUUCAAUUUGCGGCCAACACAUCCCCCAUGUUGCCUACGGUGAUGGACGCGAAUGCGCUGAACCCACCGCCACCAAAGCCAGUGGCUACGCCGACCACACCGUCGACAAAAUCAUCUUCUAGGUCAAAAACUAGUAAAACGAAGUUUAAUUUACGAGAAUACGAUCCGAAUAAGCAUUGCGGUGUAGUGACUGCAGAGAACCCCAAGCCUUGCACGAGGUCACUGACGUGCAAGGCACACGCACUGUCAUUACGGAGGACGGUCGAGGGGCGCUCCAAACCCUUCGACACGUUGCUGGCGGAGCAUCGAGCGUCGCGGGACGCGGGCGCGGCCGCGGCGGCGGCGACUGCGGUCGCGCCCGCUCCCGCAGCGCCCGUGCAGCUCGCGCCAGCGCCCGCGCCGCCGCCCGCCGCGCCUCUCAACCUCCCACCGCUCCUAGUCAAUACCUCGAUAGACCUGAGCACGUUCAACGGUCUCACCGCCGAGCAACAGGUCAACGACAUCUAUGCGAGCCUCCUCAACGUGGAGGAUCCUAACUCGGUGCUUCCCGAUACAUCGAGCAUCACGUCUCUUUUGAGCCAACCGUUAGCUCCUGAGGCGUUUCUCAUGCCAGACGAUGCGGAAAUACCUCCAGAAGUCCCAAUCUUGAGCAUAGCGUCCCCGUUGCCGACGCCGACGGCCCGGCUGGACGACAAGCCAGACGAGGCGCCUCCGCCGCUGGUGCCUGCAGACGUGUGUUGGUACUCGUCGUGCCCGCGCCCUCUGGCGCUCUGCACCUUCAACGCGUCGCAUGCUGGUGGUGCAAUCACUUUAGGUAAAAAAUUCGCGACUGUUCGAAGUAAUAUAAAGUCUUCGCUGUCACGAUCGCAGUGCAAGUCGUCGGGUAACGUGAACAAUUACUAUUAUAAUCCGAACGCCCUGUCGUUAUCGAAAACAGUGCAUAUGAACGCUAGUAAAACGAAUAAGCCUGAAGUGCGUAAACUGAUAGUGACGUGUAGUAGUGGCAUGGGGUCGGCAGGAGUAGGUGCGGGCGGCAAGGAGGUGCAACAGACGCUGAACGAGCUGUUCGGCGGCGAGGUCCGGCACGCGCUCAAUGGGCACGCGGCGCACGUGGCGGGGCUGGCGGCGGUGGCGCGCCGGCCGCCGCUGAAGCACGCGGCGGGCAAGCGGCCGCCCGCGCCAGUGUUGGACCUCGGGUUCUCGCUUGACCCGCUGCUGGCCGACGAGAAGUGCUGA